AUGUUAAAUGGUGCUAUUGGUGAAAGAAUUAAUGAUAAUUGUAAUAUGCACAAUGAAAGUUUUAUUAUGAAUUGUGACCCAUUUAAUGAAAUGCUAUAUUGUAUUGAACAUGAUGAAGAUGUUGAACUUAGUAUUCUGAUAGAUCAAUGUAGAGAUUUGGACUCAAUUUUGUGUAGUUUUGAUAAAGUGAUGUCUCCUAAAAAGUUCGGUGAACCACAAGUGGUAUUUAAUACAGCAUUGUCUUCAAAGUUUUCUUUUAGAGUAUAUGAAAUACUUCUGGCUAUGAUAUUUACAACUGAAGAGAUUAGCAAGUACCCAGAACUACUCCCAAAUGUUACACUUGGGUAUGAGAUUUAUGAUUCCUGCACAACUGUUGCUGGAGCACUUGAAGGUGCAAUGAGGCUGCUAACAGGGCAGAGAAUGACAAUUCCAAACUACCACUGCCAGACUAUUUCCUCACCUGUAGCUGUGAUUGGAGAGUCAUACUCUGUGACAUCAAUACCCAUGGCCAGGCUACUAGGACUCUAUAGAUUUCCCCAGAUAAGUUAUGCAGCAACUGUUAUGGGUCUUAGUGACAAAAGGCAGUUUCCAUCUUUUCUCAGGACAAUUCCAAGUGACCUCUUCCAGGCUAUUGCUAUUGCUCACUUGGUCCUAUAUUUUGGCUGGACAUGGGUUGGGGUUAUGUCUGACAGCAGUGAUUAUGGCCUGCAGGGCAGCCAUAAGGUAAAAGAAGAACUUGUCAAAGCUGGAGCUUGCAUUGCUUUUUUUGAAACAAUAUCUGGAUUGUACUCCGAGAUCAGAAUUCAGCAUAUAAGCAAAAUAAUUCAGACAUCAUCUGUAAAUGUGAUAGUGAUCUAUGCCACUGAGGUUAACCUCUACCCUGUUAUGGAGGUGAUUGCAAUGAACAAUGUAACUGGAAAGGUCUGGAUAGCCAGUGAUGGUUGGGCACAGUUUUACCUGUUUUCUAAGACUUAUUUUUGGAGAACAUUAGAAGGAACUCUUGGCUUUCUGGUAAGAAAAGGAGACAUACCAGGAUUCAGACAGUACAUUUAUAAUCUUAGUCCUUUCAACAAUCCAGAUGACAUAUUUCUGAAGCAUUUCUGGGAAAUUGUUUUUGACUGUAAUUUGCAGGUGCUGAACAACAUAUUUAAGACAAAUGAGAACUUGACUAAAGAAUCAAAACUCUGUGCGGGGGAUGAAACACUAGAAGGCAACAGCCUGGAUUUUUUCAAACUCACUGACUUAAGAAAUACUUAUAAUGUUUAUAAUGCUAUGUAUUCAAUUGCCCAUGCUUUACAUGACAUGAUUUCUUGCAGACAUGGAGAAGGGCCAUUUCAUAAUGGCACAUGUACAGCAAUACAUGAUUUCCAGCCAUGGCAGCUAAUUGAUCUUUAA